CAGUAAAGAAUAUAAGAUCAACGAAGUAGCAAAGAGCGAGCUUCAAGCGGUACGUUUAAAAUAAUUUACCAACAAAAACCCCACACUAGUAUUAUCAACAAGAACAACAACUGAGUUAACAACAAAGCUGAUAUUGGAAAAAAAAUACAUAUAAUAAUAUAAACAAACAGCGCGUGAAUUUUUAUUUCAUAUUUCAUUUCAGUGAAGUAUUUCGUUUACACAACUUUAUAUUGUAUAUUGUAGUAUACGUAGAAUUUCAUCAUAAAAAGCUGAAAUGGAUAAAUCGACAAAUAACAAUUUUAAUUAUCCAAAAUUACCAACACAAAUGGAAACUUCCACUAGUAGUGGUCAAAUGCCACCAGCACCGCCAUCAUAUGAACAGGCCACGGGAUCAACAGACAUAAGUUAUCCACCAGUGGAAAUUUUACCGACACCAAAUGUAAACACGCUUAACACAGUUCCACAAGAAAGAACCAUGCAAACACAGACCACAACCUAUACUAGUAUAAAUCAUCAAAUGCCACAAUACGGUUCCUUGGGUGGAGCAACUCAUACAGCUCAUACGUACACAACCCAACAAGGAGCGCCACCAAUCAUCCAGCAGCAACCCGUCGUUAUUAUACAACAACAAGCUAUUUUACCACUAGGACCAGAACCAGUCUAUUUGACAUGUCCCGCAUGUCAUAUACAAAAACUAACACGCAUUGAAUAUGAGCCAAGUUCUAGAACGCAUCUAAUGGCGGCACUCUUGUGUGUUUUAGGACUUUGGUGCUGUGUAUGUUUACCUUACUGCGCCGGAAGCUGCAUGAAUGCCAACCAUUAUUGCGGGAAUUGCAAUAAGUUUUUAGGCACCUAUGGCGCGACUUUGUAAAGGAACCUUUUAUAUAAAUGAUUAGUAAAAACUUAAAAAUCUCUAAAAAGUAUUGUAUACUAACACAAAACCAUAAAUAUGUAUAAUAUAUAAAAGUUUAAUUUUACUUUAUAUUAUUGUAAUGUGAAUAUGAUAUAUGCUUUUAAAAAACAAUG